GAAGUGAUGGUCACAUGACGGGUUUACUUUCCUGUUUACUACUCGCUUCCAUUCGAAGUCCGAAACUCGGUUGCAACACUCUCAACGGCCGGGCUGUAGUGUUAAACGGUUAUAGCUGGUCAUUUUGUUGCACUUUUGCACCAGCGAUAGAGACAUCCCUCAAAAUUACUUUGAAUAGUUUCCAUGUGUGUUGUAAUUUAGCAGAAAAAUGAAGACGUGACACUGUGGAGCGUGACUAGGCCAGGAGUCCUGCGUGUUUCCUGAGUGAAGUGCCCGCCUGUUCGUCCCCUUCAUCCCGCUCAUGUUCGCCGUCUAUCUCGGAUUGUCUCGGGACUAUGUUUAUUCAGAUUGAGAAUAUGAAACAGAGACAUUUUCGAGAAGCUUCGUUCUCAGACAAGGCGGUUACCUGCUUCUGUUGUAAACGGACAGGACUGUUAAUGUGGUAACUGACCGGACUGUUUUGUUUUUUUUCCGGCUGUGGUAGUCCGAGUCUCACUGAAACGCUCCCGUAGGUUCGGCUGGGUUAGUUAGGUUAGUUUACUUGCCGGCGCGGGAGUGAACUAGCUGUACGGCUAGUUAACGUACCAGUCAGCGUUAGAGGGUAUCAGCUCGCCGGUACCCUGAACACUAGACGUCUCCCCGGCUCCGGCCCCCUUAAACGGGCGGUGAGGAAGAAGCUGGCCGGUAAGGGAUGGCCUGGAGGCUCGUCCCGGCCUCAGGGAGCGGCGCUGUUUGAGGGAGGGCAGGUCCGGCUGGAGCACACGGCCGGCCGCGGUGCGAAGAUGGCUGCUGCCGUGUCUGGAGCUACGGCUCGAAAGAGCGAGGAGAUAGCGGAUCUGAUAGACUUGUUUUCCAAGACCCAAUACAGAGCGAAGGAGGUUACCCCGCGGGUGGACAGAAUAGAGAAGCGAUGCCUGGAGCUGUUUGGCCGCGACUACAAGUUUAGUAUCGUCCAGAACAGCAACGGCGAGGUGUGCGGCCACUACCCGCGGCAGAUCGUCUACUUGGAGUAUGAAAGCACUGAGCCCAAUAAAGAAAGCUUUGAAAGUACAGUGCAGAUCAGUAAGCUGCAGGAUCUGGUGAACCGCAGCAAGCUGGCUCGCUGCCGGGGAAGAUUCGUCUGUCCAGUCAUUCUCUACAAUGGCAAGCAUGUGUGUCGGUCGUCCACGCUGGCAGGAUGGGGGGAACUAUAUGGACGCACCGGUUACAACUACAUUUUCUCAGGGGGAUCGGAUGAUACUUGGGCAGAAUCAGAAGAAGUGCCAGAGGAUGAUACUGCGGUCCGAAAUGGAGAUUCGCAGCUGUUUGAUAAAGUGAGGGGUUCGGACAUUAAGCUGCUGAAGUAUCUGUCUGUGCGCUUCAUCUGUGACCUCAUGGUGGAGAAUAAGAAGGUCAAGUUUGGCCUGAAUGUCACCUCUUCUGAGAAGGUGGACAAGGCCCAGCGCUAUGCAGACUUCACACUGCUCUCUGUGCCUUAUCCAGGGUGUGAGUUCUUUAAGGACUACAAAGACAGAGAUUACACAGCAGAGGGUCUGGUCUUUAACUGGAAUCAGGACUUUGUGGAUGCUCCCUUGACAAUCCCUGCCUGUUUUACCAAGAACCUGAACAUUGACUGGCGUGAAUAUCAGUCAUGGGACCUGGUGCAGCAGACCCAGAAUUACCUAAAGCUGCUUCUGCACAUCAUCAACAGUGAUGAUGAGAGUGGACUGUUGGUGCACUGUAUAUCAGGCUGGGACAGGACUCCACUCUUUGUGUCCCUUCUUAGGCUCUCUCUGUGGGCCGAUGGUGCUGUUCAUGCCAGCCUGGAGCCAGCAGAGAUUCUGUACCUGACCAUCGCUUAUGACUGGUUUCUUUUUGGUCACAUGCUGCCUGAUCGUCUCUCUAAAGGGGAGGAAAUUUUCUUUUUUUGCUUCAAUUUUUUGAAGCACAUUGUCUCUGAGAAGUUCUCAGUCAUUAGGAAGCAGAGGAGGAAAAACUCUCAGUUCAAAGACACUGAUUUCACAGUGGAUGACCUCUGUCAGCUAAAGUCCAGAGACAGGGGCAGUGUGACCAGUCUGAGUAGUGAUUUCUCUCUGAUCACUGAGGAUACAAGUGCUCCUUCCAGUCUGCCUCCUGAACCUGUAGACCUGAUCUCCAUUGGGCCUCAGGCCUCCAGCGGGAGGAAAGCUAUGAACUCAUCUCCUCAGACUGUGUUUUGGAACCGGCCAGUCCCAUUUGAAGAGCGACUACCUCAUCCACUUACAGAGGGCAGGUCUUCUAGUUCCUCAUCCUCCAACCAAUCAGAGCAGGGCUUUAUUCGGACAGGCAGUAGCCCAUUGGCUGUUCCAGGGACAAGGUCUAUGGUGGAGUAUGCUCGUUCUGGCUCCUCACUCUCUACAGAGUAUGGUAGCUGGCAGAUUGUUUCAGGCUGUGGAAGUAUCCAUGACGCUACUCCUCUCCCAACAGAGUCGCCCCUGCCCUUCAGCUUCCAGGAUGAGGGUCCCAGCGGCCGCAUGUGUAUGUAUGGAUCAGAGAGACAGGCUCGGUUGGAGGCGGUGAGGGAGCUGUUUUUGGCGGCCUACAGCUCCACAGUGGGGUUGAAGUCUUCCUCUCCUAGCUCGUCAGGGGCCAUCUCUGGGCUGCUGGAGCAGUUUGCGCGUGGCGUUGGCCUCCGAGGCACCAACGCCAUUGUCUGAAUCCAACCCCUCCUUUCUUCCUUUCUGUCAUUUGUGCUAUCCUCACUUGUCUUUCUGUCCUGUGUGUGAUAGCGAUGAAUCAGAGAGAAAUGUUCCCAGUUCUCUCUCAUCUCUUCAGCUUGACAUUUUUCCUUUUCACUCCACCCUAAUUUAUCAUCCACUGCAUUUGUCUUAUGUAGUAUAUGUGUAUUUUAAUACCUCUCAUAUAAGAUCACAUCUGUGUUCAAAUCCAGAAGCAGCAUAUUGUUCUUCACAAAUAGCCUCCAAAGAAAUCUGCUGCACCCGCCCCCUCCAUCUGUUGUGUCCCACCCACAUGCCGUUCUUUUUUUUUUUUUCUUUUUUUUUUUUUCCCCCCAUUCCCCUCAUUUCCCUCCAUCCCUCUAUAUGGACACCAGUUUACUUCCAAAGGAGAAGAAAAGUGCCAAACUUUAACUCUGGGGCUACCUUUUAUUUUUGUUUUCAUUUUAAAACUUUUAUUUACUUUUUUUUUUUUUUUUACUUUUACACACCAGAUGUGACUGUUGAGGUGCCUCUAGUAAAUUUAAGCUUAAACAUAAUUAACACUACCCCCCCCAUGUGCUCUGUCCCCUAGUUUUGCCCUUGCUUGUUUGUAUCGUCAAGGCAGGAAGAUGUGAGGGCAUGAAUGAAAGAGUAAAUACAUAAAAGGGAAAAGGGUUUCUUUCAACUGUCUUCAUAUUGCUGAAGCCAUAUUGCUGCCCCAAGAAAAUGGGCUCUUGGAAAAUAAAUUAAAAGGUCAUGUAUAAAUGGACCUCCGAGGCUGUGAAGGAGAAAAAAGAUUAAAAGAAACAAGAACGACAAAAACGUCAAAGCGACAGUGUGCCCGCAGGUGUGCAGCUGUAAGAGGAAAAUCUUGUCUUUUUGUCUUCCUUUGGGACAGACUGUGUGGAAAGCUGCUAGUCAUGUUUCAGCCCUGAUAUUUGUUUAGAAACAGCACUUGGGAAGUAGAAAUGUGGCAAUGAUUAUUUUUCCUUGGGAAAGUUACCAUUUAUAAGAUUAUUAGAGAAACUGUCCUUCUGUUUACUUUUUGUUACCUCUUGUCUUAAGUUCUUAAAUACCUAAAACUUGAGGUUGAUCUGAAAAAUUUUGUCUGUCCUGGAGGAUGGUUGAUCUGUCUGAUUUAACCGAAUGGGAGCUAAAGUUUCACUGUAAAGUUUCCCAUAUAAGACAGAUUACCAUUUUUUUUAACUCAGAAAUCCAAGCCCAUCACUCAGUUGGUCAUUAUUCAGUAGAAUGGUUUGUCAGAUGUUUUAAGUAAAAUUGUGCCCCUAUUUUUAAUUAGGUAUUGCUGUACUGUUCGUAUUUAGGCUUCAACACGCACAAAAGUAGCACUUAAUAACUGUCAGUUCUCGAAAAACCCUCCAAAAAACUAGGAAACGGUUCUAAUUACAAUCACAGAAUCGUACCUGUUAACACAGUAUAUACUCCGUGUUUACUGUGAGCUCAGUUCUACCACUUCACACUCUCUCAUCAGUUCCUGUGUAGCCCCUGAACUUGCUGAGUUGGCUAUUUUGAUCAAAUCCAUGUUUCUGAUGGACCCUUUGAAUCUACAGUAACAUCAGUAAAUGUUGUGACUGCACCUGAUAAUGCAGGACAACCACCAUCACCACUUAUCUGUAUCUCCCUUCCGUUUUGAUUACUUGUGGUGUUUUGACAGAUGUUUUAGUCUAAAGGUGACAGGUGGCUGAAUAUGAAGCGAAGGUAGCACUUAAAAGUUCAGCAUUUAGAACUUGGAAUUUGUUUGUCUUCUUAAUGCCAAACAGUUUCAAAGGCCUUUUUACCUCAGGACCAUGUGUUGUGCCUUUUUUGUUUUUUUGUUUUUCUUAAUAUGGGGCUAGAUAUUUUUAUGUGUCUUUUUUUCUGGCAAUUAUAGUAUGUAUCUUUUAAAUGCUUGAAUUUUUAUUGCUUCAGACUCUUCAUGGAUUGGAACACUCUUUGAAUAAGCCUGUUCUGGCCUUUAAUCCCCUCACAUUUGCUUUUGCAAGAUUUGCUGUGUUUAUUUUUUUGGUUUUACAGAUUGUUGCAGAAAUGUUCUCAUUCAGUCACUUUCCAAAAGCUGAUUAUAUUUGAACUUCCAAGAACAUUUGAGCUUUCUGCAGUCACAUAGAUCAAAAUGAAUUUUUGUUCAUGUCUAUAUCACUAGAUCAUAUAUAUAUUUGAAUUGUUCUGUCCCACACAUGCACAGUUGUGCACACAAAAGUGGGUAUCCAGCAUUAAAUGAUUAUGGGAGCUGAGCAUUUUGCAUGAACUUGCUCCUUUUUUCCAUUUUCUGUCACCCAAACAACCUCAAAAAUGUAAAUUUGGGACUUUUCAAUGUGGAAAAUGAGCGGUGUGACUUUCAACUUGAAGAUGUACCUUUAAUUAUCUGUUUCUUUUUCUGUGUUGUAUAAGGAAUUGCUCAUUUGCACUCAUCCUUUCAUAACUGUAGAGAGUGGUGCACCCUUUUUUGUUUGUACAGGCUUUGGUUUUAAUUUUAAUUUUAUUGAUAAUCUAUUAAUAUUCUCUUUACUGUGGCCAGGGAGACGUGGGACACAGAGGAUUAUGAUGUUCUGGUGGAAAUAAAAAGAAUCAAAUCAAAUGA